AUGCGAAUAAGGGAGAACUCCUUUCUUCAGGAGAUUAUUGAUCUCAUGAAGAAACUGGAUCGGGUGGACGAAAGAAUGAAGCGGUACGAAUCCGACGUGAGGUCGCUCCAGAGCCAGAUCCCCGAAUUGCUGAAAAUCGGAGACAGCGGAAGCAUCUUCCCGGGACAGGACAAGGACACGGGAACGGCCUCCGGGACGGGCAACCAGGAAUCGCCCGAGGCCUUCGCGGCCGACAUCGCAGAGGGAGAAUGCUCCUUUGCCCGAGACGACCCGUCUGCGCUUCUAGAUUUGUACCGCCAGAUCCCAUUUGACAAUCCCGAUGGAGGAGUCUGGAAGCAAGGUUGGGAUCUCCAGUACAAUGCCAGCCAGUGGAAGACGAAAACUCUGCGGGUGUUUGUCGUCCCACACUCCCACAACGAUCCCGGGUGGAUCAAGACCUUCGAGGAGUAUUUCCAAACCCAGACGCUAGGGAUCUUGGACAGCAUGGCAGCCAAGCUGGAAGAGCACAAGGAGAUGACCAUGAUCUGGGCCGAGGUCUCCUUCUUCUCCCUCUGGUGGAACCAGGCCUCGGAUGCACAGAAGCAGCAGAUCAUCAGUCACGUGUCGAACAAGAAGCUGGAGUUCGUCCUGGGCGGAUGGGUGAUGAACGACGAAGCCAACACGCACUACUUUGCCAUGAUCCAGCAGAUGAUCGAGGGGCACGAGUGGCUCGCGAACCACCUUGGGAUCAUGCCCAAGAACGGAUGGGCGAUCGACCCGUUCGGCCUGUCGCCGACGAUGGCGUACCUGCUGAGGCGGAUGGGCUUCACGGCAAUGGUCAUCCAGCGGGUCCACUACGCGGUCAAGAAGCAGCUGGCGCUGAAGAAGCAGCUGGAGUUUCGCUGGCAACAGGCUUGGGACUUUGUUACAUCUGCCGUUCACGUGAACCGUGAACCUUGCCUUGCAGAUUCCGAGGGUAAGGACGGGAUCCUGACCCACCUGAUGCCGUUCUACAGCUACGACGUCCCGCACACAUGCGGCCCCGACCCAAAGGUGUGCUGCCAGUUCGACUUCGCCCGCACCGCCACGCGCUUCGGCUGUCCGUGGCGGGUCAACCCGACGGCCGUGUCGCCGGCCAACGUGAAGGAGAAGGCGGGGCUGCUGCUGGACCAGUACCGCAAGAAGGCGCAGCUGUUCCGUACCAACACGCUGCUGGUGCAGCUGGGGGAUGACUUCCGCUAUGCGACCCCGCAGGAGUGGGAUCUUCAGUUCUCCAACUACCAGAAGAUCUUUGAGUACUUCGCGAGUCAUCCGGAGCUUCAUGUUCAAGUAAGGAAAGGUUGCCUUAGGGUCGUGGCUCAGUUUGGAACCCUGGAGGACUAUUUCACGGCCUUGAGUGACGAAAUCCAGGAGGAAGACUUGCCCUCACUGUCGGGGGAUUUCUUCACCUACAACGACCGCGGAGACCAUUACUGGAGCGGAUACUACACGUCCCGUCCCUUCCACAAGCACCUGGACCGGGUGCUGGAGCAUCACCUGCGAGGGGCCGAGAUCCUGUACAGCCUCGCGCUGGCCCACGCGGGGAGCACGGUGCCGGACUGGAUGGAGAAGGUCCUUCCGGGACUGGUGGAGGCGAGGCGCUCGAUCGCCCUCUUCCAGCAUCACGAUGGCAUCACGGGGACUGGUAGGGAUCAUGUGGUGAUGGACUAUGCUCAGAAGCUUCUUGCAGCCUUCAACAAGCUGAGCGGAAUAAUCGCUUCCUGCUCGGAUUACCUGCUGCGCAAGGACCGGGAGCACUUUGAUGGAAAGGCACUGCUGCAGCUGGACGAGGCGAGGAGUGAGGUGUCCUUGCCAAAAUACAAGGUGUUGGACUCGGAAGCAGUGACGCCUGAUCUGGGGGCCACGGUCGUUCUUUUCAAUCCCCUCGUCCACCGGCGUCGGGAGAUCGUGGCCAUCAGGACGCUCACCCCCGAUGUAUCGGUGUACAAAGCAGUGGAGGACGAGCUGGAGGAGGUGGAGAUCCAGAUCAGUCCCGUGUUCGAGAAGGAGGACGGGUUCACCAUCUCGUUCCUGGCCGACCUCCCUCCGCUCUCCCUGGGGACGUAUCAUUUCAAGACCUCCCCUGAGGCCAAUGAGGAUGGCAUGGCCAUGGCCACCAUUUCCGUCAUGAACUACGAGCCCGUCCCCGACACGCUGUACAUCCACCUGAAGGAGGAGGGACUGGACGUCGACGUCAAGAUCGAGUUCGUGCAUUACGGAACGAGCGCAACGGCGGACCGGAACAGCGGGGCGUACCUGUUCCUCCCGCAGGGACCUGCACGGCCGGUGGUCAUCGACGAAGGAACUCCCGUCACGGUUGUGCGCGGUCCCCACAUGUCCUCUGUCACUGUCACCGCCAGGGAUUUCCAGCAUACUGUUACCCUGAAGACCUCUCCUGGUUUGGAUGGUCUUGGCCUGGAGAUCAACAAUUUGGUGGACAUCAAGUUAAAUAUGGACUAUGAGCUGGCAAUGCGUAUCUCUUCCAACAUCAAGAGUGGCAAUACAUUCUAUACUGACCUCAAUGGAUUUCAGGUGCUGAAGCGGGAGACAUUGCUGGACAAGAUCCCCAUCCAAGGAAAUUUCUAUCCGAUGCCCACCAUGGCCUUCGUCGAGGACCCUGAUUACCGACUCACGCUGCUCACACGCCAGCCACUCGGAGUGGGGAGCCUGGCGAGCGGGCAGCUGGAGGUGAUGCAGGAUCGGCGUUUCAGUCGAGACGACAACCGUGGGCUCGGGCAAGGAGUCAAGGACAACCGACCGACUCGGCUCUCCUUCUCACUUCUCCUUGAGAAGCGUGUGUCUGGUGAAGUCCCUAUUUCAGAGGAGCAGGUGAUGGGCUUCCCAUCUCUCUCUGCGCAAUUGGCAAGCCAGUCCCUCAUCUACCCGAUAUUCCGCCUGUUGCCCACGUCCCCGACCGUGGUCCCACGCCACGUCACGUAUGCGCCCAUGCAGAACGAAGAUGCUCUGCCGUGCGACAUCCACAUGGUGAACCUGCGCACCAUGAUUCACGAGACGCCGCUGAAACCCUCCAAUGCCUCGGCCAUCAUCCUCCAUCGUCUGGGGUUCAACUGCGACUUCAAAUCGCCGCCUGUGAAGUGCUCGACCAAACAUGGACAGGUGGACUUGAACGAGGUGUUCCCCCACGUGUUCCAGUCGGAAGCGCAGGAAGCUUCUCUCUCCCUGAUGUAUCGAGGCGAGCCGUUCAACAAGGCCACCCCCAUCAGCCUCGACCCGAUGGAGAUCUAUUCCGUCCUCCUGUUCCGAUGAACCCCCGCCCUCCCCGCUCCACCUGUGAUCGCAUUCCUGGAGACUCCGUCGAGUCCCUUUCGGCUCCGUAUUGUGAUAUGAAACCGAGUCUGAUGAGAUUUUGGCUGUCUGCAUUUGAUGCAUUUCUCAGGUUGAGAAUUCACGUUCAAGCCAUUUGCAGCACCAAUGCACGACAGUAACCACUCUUGACCCUUGAAAAGAUUUAUUUUAAAUUGCAUUUUGAGAUGUUCAUUGUUUGUUUUUGGAUUACUUGUGAUUUUUGUGAAGCAUUUGCCAUGCUUUCAGAGGGUUUUUGAUUUCACAAUCAUUGCCUGGAAUAUUCUGAUUAUCGGAAUUUCAUCUAUCACAAAAAAUGCUUAAUCUUUGAAUAUUUUUAAUUAGAGAAUUUUUUAAGUUUUAUUUUUUGAGAUUUGAGGUAAAAAAAAGUCCUAUUUAAUCAUUACUUCUUCUGAUGCAGAUUGAAUUGACUGUUAUCUUGAUUGUGUGCACAUGUAGCACAAGCGACAGUGAUGCAUUUUCUCGUUCGUCCUUCGACCCCCAUCUCUGAUCGUUCAGUAUUUUUUUCGCCUUUGUCGGUUUGGUUCGAACGCACCCGCGCAACAUCUCCGCUGAUCCGAGCGGCGCGCACCCGGGUCACGGUAGGAGCGGCCUUCACUUAGUGGCACACGAGCGGUCGCGCUCGACCUUUUUGUUCGUGAGGGGCAGCACAAAAGGCUUGUGAUGUUCCGGUUGGACAUCUGUGAUACUUUCAUCAAGAGGCAGAGAGAAGAAAUUCAGGGGAAAAAUGUCGAAAUCACCCUUUUAUUCCUGCUGCCAUGGUUUUCAUUGAGUUGUUUGAAUUGUUUUCUGAGUUUUGACUGAAAAUGAAGGACUUUCAAGACGUUA